UGCCCGGCCGAUGGUAGGUAACACGUGGUUCAGAGAUGCAGCACUGAAUGACUAGUUUAGCUGAACCGCGACCUGCGUAUGAACCUAACACGGCUUUUAGAGUCAGUUGCAUCCGAAUAAGAGUACAUCUUAACACUCCAGUCCAGCAACAGAAGGCCAUACAUACAAACCAUCAUGGGAUCAGCAGACGAGGAGCAGCCUCUGCUUCGUGAUCACCAUCCGCCUCCGGUUUCAUCUCUUGUUCUCCCACCUGAUAUACUUACAAGGUCAGCAACAGCAACAGAUACCAACACAGAUGGAUCUCCCAAGCACGUUGCUAGGGCAGGCGGUUGGAAGGCGCCGGUGGCAAUGGUGCUGGUACAGCUUUUCCAGACGGGGUUAGUCCUGCUCUCCAAGGUGGCGAUCGGCCACGGCAUGUUCGUCUUCGCGCUCGUCACGUACCGCAGUGCCUUUGGCACCGCGUUCCUCCUCCCCUUUGCGCUCGUCUGGGAGAGGGACAAGUGGAGGGAGAUGAUGAACUGGCGUGUCUCACGUUGGAUUAUCUUCAACGGGUUCAUCGGGUAUGCUGUGCCUAUAAACCUAUACUACAACGGUCUCCAAGAUACCACAUCAUCCUACGCCAUCAUAUUUCUGAAUAUAAUCCCUCUCAUCACCUUCAUUCUCUCUCUCAUGUUCAAAAUGGAGAGAUUGAAAUUCGCCACAGUGGAUGGAUCACUGAAGAUAGUUGGUGUCCUGGCCUCUGUUGGAGGCACAAUGGUCAUAACCUUUUACAAGGGCAAUGAACUGCAUCUAUGGAAUUCCAUUCUUCAGUACCACAAAAAUGAACAGACAGAGGUUGCAAGAAAUCAUCUAAGAGGAACAAUCCUCUUGGUGGCCAGCAGCUUCGCAUAUGCUUGCUGGUACCUGAUUCAGACAAAGGUUCAUAAAGUAUAUCCAUACAAAUAUUGGUCAUCUCUGGCGACAUGCUUGGUUGGAGGAUUGAUGACAGCAUUUGUUGGAGUAGUUGUGAGAAGAGAUGGGGAUGCAUGGAAGCUUGGUUGGGAUCUAAAACUUCUGACAGUUGUGUAUUCGGGGGCUCUUGCAACGGCGGGGAAAUAUAGCCUGAAUUCAUGGGUAGUUGCCAAGCGAGGUCCAGCGUAUCCUCCAAUGUUCACCCCAUUAUCGCUCGUCUUCACUGUUGUAUUGGGCUCCAUUCUUUUAGGAGACAACAUUACACUUGGAAGCCUCCUUGGCACAACAAUGGUGAUUGCUGGACUAUACAUAUUUCUUUGGGCUAAAUCGAAAGAUCUGCCUGGCAAAUAAUAAAUCUAUAAGGUGUGGUACACAGGACAUCUUAUAAGUACAAAAAAAAACUGUAUUUGUAUUGCGUUAUAAAUUGGCAUGGUUAGAUCAUAAUCCUUUCCCUACUUCACUGUAAGCCCGCUCUACUGUAAAAAAAAAAUCUAAGCCAUUAUAAUAGAGCAAUAUAAUGAUUUCCAAUGUGUAUACCGUGUACCAAAUUCUUGCAAUCUGUAAGUUUUCAUGUUCAA